UGCGCACCUGCCGCUGCACCUGUAAUCACAUGGGCUACGGCAACCUACCAGGGGGCGCCGACCCUCACCAAACCUCGGUUCGAGCACCGUACUACAGCUGCGUAUUCAACUUUCGCUCUAACACUCUGCCUCUGCCCAACGGACCAGUGAGCAGAAGAAACGCGGACGGAGGCAUAUUUGGCACGGCUCCCCGAGUGUCUUCUGACGAAGGAAGAGCUGGUCGGAGUCUCGGAGGCAGCCUCAAACGUGUGUGUAGCAGCGCUGGGAAGUUAAGAUCGGGAGGAGGAGGAGGAAGCGCUGCUGGCGCUGAAGGAGGCGCAGCAGGAGACGCAGCCAGGGCAAGCAGUGGCAGGGACAGUAGGGGAAGCUUCAGAGAUACCACCACAUCGUCUACGCCCGUCGCAGCUACGCCAGGCACAGCGACGCCCACGGGGUACAGACGAACGACAGGCAACCAGAGAACAGCAGCGGUAGUAACAACCUCAGAACCACCACCACGAUACCAGAUCUCUGAGUAUACCUUUGAGAGGGAACAACCAGACUCACCUUUCUCUGACGAGAAGGACAGCGAGGAGAAGAAGAAAGGUGAGUUUUAGCAGGCUGUUGUUGUUGGCAUGUUAUUAGUACUAGCAUGUUGUUGUACAAGCAGGUUCUUGGUACUAGCAGGGUGUUUUACUAGCAGGUUCUUGGUACUAGCAGGGUGUUAGUACUAGCAGGUUGUUGUACAAGCAGGUUCUUGGUACUAGC